GCGCUCUAGAGCUCAACAGUAGAUGCUGGCGAUGAAGGCAUUAAACAUUAGUCCAUUUCAUUCUGUCCUGUCAUGUUUCUGACUCAUGCGGAGGUAUGGAGGACAUACUGGGAGUGCGUUUUCACGCCGUACACGGUGAUCAUCUGCUCCCUCACAGCCGCACUGUACUAUCUCUGGGGCCGCAAGUGUCAGAGACCAGCUCUGGUUUGCAGUGAGGCCUUUAGUGCAUUCCUCUACAAGCACUGUCCUGUGGUAGCUGAGCGCUUCAGUCCCACUCCGUGGUGCUGGGGAGGCCGGCUUCAAACGCUGGUCUUUGCUGUCCUCAAAUCCAGACCCCCUGUCAGUUAUCGCAAUGAGCUGAUCCGUACAGUGGAUGGUGGUCAGAUCUCUCUUGACUGGUUGGACAAUCAGGCCAGUGUGACCUACCCAGAAUCCUCCACGCGUCCCACAGUGCUCAUCCUCCCCGGGAUUACAGGAAACAGCCAGCAGUCCUAUGUGCUUCACGCCAUUAGCCAGGCCACACGCCACGGUUACAGAUGUGUGGUCUUCAACAACAGAGGUCUUGGAGGGGAGGAGCUGCUGACACCAGUCACCUACUGUGCUGCCAAUACUUCAGAUCUUGAGUGUGUGGUGCAGCAUGUCAAAGGGCUCUACCCCAGUGCUCCUGUGCUUGGGGCUGGUGUGUCUUUGGGAGGCAUGGUGUUGUUAAACUACCUGGCCUGUAAGCGCACCGAGUCAGGAUUGGUUGCCGGUAUCACCAUCUCCGUACCCUGGGAUGCAUUGAAGUUCUCCAGCUCGAUGGAGGAACCGCUCAACUGGCUGCUCUUCAACAGGCACAUCACGAAAUCCUUGCACCAAAUUCUCAACAGGCACAGGAAGAUUUUAGAGAAAGUGGUGGAUGUUGACUAUGUCCUGAAGGCUCGGUCCAUCCGUGAGUUUGACGAACGCUUCACGUCUCUGAUGUUUGGUUAUAGCUCAUGUAUGGAUUAUUAUCGCGAUGCCAGCCCAGGCAAAAAGCUCCCCAAUACAGCCGUACCCAUCCUGCCGUACACGGUGAUCGUCUGCUCCCUCACUGCCGCAGUGUACUAUCUGUGGGGCCGCGAGUGUCAGGUCAGUCUCUGCGGUCAAACCUUCCCGGUGUCCGUAGUUCAGGAUCUUCCUAACGUUGCCCUGGUAUUGACGGCCCACGGGGGACACAUUGCCUUCUUGCAGGGUUUUUUUCCUCUAGGCGAGAGCUACAUGGAGCGCUUGUUUGGCCAGUUUGUGCACGCAGUCUUUGAACACCGGGAGGAAAUGAAGCAAGCCUGUGGUAUCAGAGAGGAGCAGAUGAAGGACUAACGAGCAAUAUGAAGGCACUUACACUGAAGUAAUACAAGAUUUGCAGCUGCAACUCUGCUCAUCUACCUCAUGACCUCAGGUUCAUGUUCAAGUCAUGUAGAAAUAGAAAAAUGACAGUGAAGUGAAUCACUAAAGCUAUUUUGAAGUAUUUAAUACAUUUUAGUCAAUUUGAAAAUAUUGUUGGUCAAUUGAUUGCUACCUACUUUCAGUCACAAAGUCCGUCCGUGCACCGCACACCUGUAGUAUGUAGUAUGUAGACUGCACUGUAGAGUUCAAGUGCUCUGCUUGUUGCUAUUUAAAAAAAGUGAAGAGUUGGUUAUUAAAAUUAAAAAUAGCAUUAUUGUUGUUUUCUUCUUGCUAAUUAUGUUUUUUCCCUUUUGCAUCAAAUGCUUAUUUAGUUUUGAGCCUUCAAGAAGUGUUUUCCUCGGGGUUUGUGGCAUGCCUUAAAGGAUGAAACUUUCCUGUGUUUAUACCCUGCAUGCUGUACAGUAAACGACCCCAGUGGUAAAUGAGCCGACACUGGGUAAAGACCAUUAACGCCCUGUGUGGUGCUUCAGUAUCUGCUGCUAUAAAGUGUAAUUAAGUAUCGUAAGCAUCACACAAGGACCAGAUCAGCAUGUACAUGUACUGAAUGUAUUUUUAUUAUCAGUAGACAGUACAUCAGCUUUGUUUUUGUAUUACCAACAGUGCACUGAUUAAUAUGUAGCUUUACUGUGCUAGGUGGUAUUAGUGUAGGAUUCAUGCCAUUUUUGACUGAAGCCACUGCUGGCUAUAAAAUGAAGUGUUUUCAAUCAUCGGCAUGAAGAAAAUAGGUGAUAAUGGUGCUAAUUGGUGGCUUUUAAUUGUCAGCGUGAGGGUGGAUGAGAAUUUAAUUUAGCUUUUUCAGAAGUUAAAGAGGCUUUUCAUGAAUGUCACGAAUCCAUCAACUAUUUGCAUGUUUACCACAUUCACCUGCCUUUUAAUAUCUUUUUUUUUUUUUUAAACUCACGCCUUAUUUUUAAACUUUAUUUGUGGGCUGUAAAGACAAUCACGGUGUUAUUGCAAUAUCAUGUAAUGGUGCAAUAUUUGGGCAUUGUAUGUUCGAUGGUGUAUCUUGUAAUUACACUACAAUUAAAGGGUGAUAAAGAUCGA